GAGCACGUGCACGAGAGGCUGAAAUCUCACCCACGUGCACGCGCAACAGGAAGUGUUUGGUGUGUUUCCGGUGUGAGGGCGGAGCUGCCGUGAGCUGGACUGUAAACACUAGUUAGCUGUUAGCUCACCCAGCUAACCGGAUUUUAAUGCCGUGUUGAAAGGUGGACACGAGGCGUUUGACAGCAGAAGCAGGAUGACUCCCGCUCCUCCUCUCCCAUCCCUGCGCCUCCUCGUCCCUCCUCUCCGCCUGCUGACAGCAGCCAUGUGGCAGGUCGCACGGCAGCAAAGCGUGAAGCACUAUGGGAUGUUGGAGGAGUUUGUUUCCCUGGCAACCGAGGCCGUCCCACAGCUGCUGACGGACAGGCAGAGGAGUCUGCUGCUGCUGGCGCUCAGAGCCAAGGUGACCCUCUGUGACCCGGAUCCACAGACUGACAAAAUCCACUCCGCCUACCAGACUACGCCCGAUGAGCAGGUGGAUGAAUGCUGUUCUGCUCUGCUGACUCUGACCGGCAAACUGACUGAGAGCCCGGCGGACAGACAGCGCCUCCUGCAGGAGGUUUUCAACCAGAGUUUUGACUCUGCCCUGCAGUCUCUUGUAUCUGACUUCCUGUCCAGGGUGGAGCAGCUGUUCCCCGUCCCCGACUUCAAACAGGCUGCUUCCUGGCUUGACACUGCCCCCGGUGGUCUGGAGGACUGUCUGCAGGAGGCGGACAGGGAGGACCUGAGAGAGCUACUGACCAAUCAGGGCUGUCGACUGGGACGAGCAACCACCUCAGUGGAUCACGACACAGAGAAGGUCCUCCUCUCAGCCUGGUCCCACCCCCUCUUCAGCAAACUGCCCAAUCCCGAGGCUCCUCCCACCGACACAGCAGUCCAAUCGGAUCCUCUCUCUGAAGUGCUUAGUCCAGUCCACCUGGACGUGGAGCUGGUGAAGGUGGAGGUGGUGGUGAUGACGGAGGACGAACAGGAGGAGGUGGAGGAGACCGUGGUUGGUCAGACCACGUCGCCAGCGGAGCAAGAGUCGUCCAGUGAGGGUUCGGCGGUGGACGGUGACGAAUGUGCUGUCGUACCUGUGGCAGUGGAAGCAGACAGGUUGAAGGACUCACCUGGAGACCAGUCAGAUCAGUCCUGCUCUGAGGUCACAGCCAAUGCUCUGUACAGCAUUUCCCAUAAUUCUCAGCGGGUGGCUCACAAGUGUCCUCAGUGUGCCAAAUGCUUCAUCUACCGUUCUCAGGUGAUCCGUCACCUACGUACUAAUAAGUCCUGCGGCUCGGCGUUAACGACGGCUGGAGCUGCAAACCUGCAAGUUCAACCUGACGAACAGGAGGAAGAGCUCCGCCCCCCGGAGCCCCACCUCCCAGAGCCACGCCCCAUCAGGACCCACACCUGCUUCCAGUGCAACGGCGUCUUCAAAAGCAAAGCUGAGCUGCUGUCGCACCAGCGCAGCCACCGCGCCCGCCCCGUCUACCAGUGCGGCCAGUGUGACAAGGAGUUCCACCACCUGUCCAGUCUGUCCAAUCACAAGCAGACCCACCUGGACAAAGGAGGAUUCACCUGCAGCAGGUGUGACAAGGUGUUUGAGUCGGCCAAGGAGAGAGACGCGCACCGCCUGCAGCACCGGCUGCCGGACCUCACCUGCACGGUGUGCGAUCAGACGUUCAGCUCUCAGACUCAGCUGCUGCGACACCUGCAGACUCACUCUGUGGAGGGGGCGGAGCCCUGCUACAACUGCCGCUUCUGUGACCAGACCUUCUCAGGAGUGACGCAGCUUCGUAUCCACCAGCGCACACACACCUUCCGCUCGUACCAGUGCGACCAGUGCAGCAAGACGUACGGCUCUCUGACCGGCCUCCACUCGCACCGGGCGAGCCACACCAGCGAGAGCCGCUUCCUGUGUCCGCAGUGUGGCAAGCGCUUCAAGACCCGCGACGGCCUGGAGGGCCACCUGAGGACACACACCGGCGAGCGGCCCUACCGCUGCCCCUACUGCCCCAAAGACUUCACCGCCCUCGCCGGCCUCAACGUGCACGUGCGGCGGCACACCGGCGAGCGGCCGUACGUGUGCUCGGUUUGCGGGAAAGGCUGGCCGUCCGGAGGAGACCUGCAGAAACACAUGAGGACUCACACAGGAGAACGGCCGUACGUCUGCCAGGACUGCGGCAAGGCCUUCUCCAUUUCCUGUCACCUGACUGAACACCGGAGGAUACACACAGGAGAGAAGCCUUUCUCGUGUCCAGAAUGUGGGAAGUGUUUGAGGAGGAAGUUUGAUCUGAAGAAGCACAUGUUGUCCCACAGCAGCGUUCGUCCCUACGCCUGCGUCUACUGUCCCAAGAGCUACACCCGCAAAACUCACCUGAACAGACACCUGCUGACCCACAGGACUGCGGACAGCGAGGAGGUGGAGGAGAAGGCUGACGAGGCCUGACUCUGACUGUCUGAUGUGAACUUCCUGUCUCGUCCUGCUCGCCUGCUGACUGAACUUAAUAAUCGACAUUUAAUCGUCUUGUUGUUGUGUUUGGACGGGCGGCGAGCAACAGCUGGUGACUCUUCGACCUCAUUUUCCAAACCAGCUCCUCACGUUUGUCUCUGUUCGCAUGGAUGCAGACUGUGUGGGAUGUUCGAGAUGAACGUGAGCGAAAACAUUGUGCGGUCGACGUUUUCUGGCGUUUUAUCAAACGUCACCCGUGAAGCUGCUGCUCGCAGAUUUACAGUUCAGAGAGCUGUGAUGUCACAGACGUGUCACAGACGCGUCGUGAAAGCGUCUGUGCUGCAGGAGCAGCUGCUCCAGAUCUCCUUCAUGGACAAACAGAUGUGAAAAAGACGACACUAAACUGAGCAUCCAAUCAAAACUUGUGUUUGUGUUGCCGUGGGGAUUUUGAGAUUCUGUAUAAAAUCUGUUGUGUUUCAUA